GGUCUAAAAUUUACUGCUUACGGAUGUAGACAAACUCAGGAUGUCUUCACCCACUUCGAAAAGGACUUCCUGGCUGAAAGAGAAGCUUUCGAGGCGAACUAGUGGCACUGCCAUUAGUAAUUCAACGAUUGUGUCGAACAAUAGUAGUGAAAAGGACAAGGUAUUGACCGAAGUUAAUUCUCUUAAGUUCGAGGACAGUAAGACUACUAGACGAAUUGACGAGGGAAAUUGUGGUGGGGAUAUCAGAUUUUUGGUAACAAGGGAGGAAGAUUGUGUUGGGCUGUAUCAACACGAAAUGGAAUCUGAUGAUGUUGGUGGUCAAACUAGAACUACUAAUAGAAAAAGUAGUGGAGGAGGAGUUGUGGGAAGAAUGGGUGUUCUCGCAUCACCUGUCUUAGGUGGACGUAGUUCAGUAAGAUCUUCUGUAAAGCCAGAUAAAAAAUUCGUGGAUUCGGCCGACAGGCCCAUGUCCACUGGGGCGAUAACUCAUCGUAGUACAGGAAAGAAGAAGAUGCUCUCUGUGGCACACAAUAGUCGCACUCCUUCACCAGGACUAGAAAGAAAUUCAUCUCAAAGAUCAAGCCAACGUCAUAAAUUAAAAGAUAAUUAUAAAUCUUCUUCGCCCAGUCCCCGUGACUCUUCUCCUGAUCAAGGUGGUGCUUUUAGUAAAGUCCGAGACACUUUAAGAAUACGUAAAGUGAAGAAAAAAACUAGUUCAAGUAAAGUUUCUGGGUACUCUGUACCAGCAUUAGACCUCCCUAGUAGUAAAUACUCAGAUCCCUUUGAGCCUGACUUUAAUGAGCCUGAUGACAAGAAUGAAAAUGGUAAUGGCCAUGAUUUCACUUUUGUAAAUGUCCCACAUUACCAACCUGAGUACUGUGAUUAUUGUCAGCAAGCAGCAUGGGGACAUCAUCAAGUGCUUAAGUGCAGCAAGUGCGACUUCAUAUGCCAUAAAAAGUGUGAAAGCAGAAUAUUUAUGAAAUGUAGUAGUAAAGUUGAGUCUGAAGCUCUCCUUCAGCAGGAUCGAACAAAAGAGUCACUUGAUGAAUCGAUGGAAUUUAAUUCUGAAAAAGAAACAAAAAGUAUAUCUGAUGGCCUUAUAUCCUCAAUAACCCAACCUCCUUCAGAUAAGGCAAUUUUGGCAAAGAAAAUCAGAGAAUACAAUCGACGUACAACACCAGUGCAUCAUAUUCACAUCAAGCAUAGAGAUGCUCUUAUUGACUAUCAAGCUUUUGUUCGAGUUCAUAUGUGUAUUCAAAGGCCAAUACAUGUGUCUACUGGUGUAACGCGUACAUCUUGGUACCGAUUGAUGAGACCAGUGAAGGAAAGAGCUAUUGAUUCAGGGAUAGAUGGUGGACUUGAAACUGCAUUUUAUCUACCCACUGACACAAAUAGAUUAGUGCAUAUUAGUAAUGUUACUACAACAAAGGAUCUCAUCACAACAUUGUUGAAAAAGUUUUGUAUUACUGACAAUCCAAAAAAGUUUUCUCUGUAUGAAGAGUAUGGUAGUGACAGUCGCAGGUUGUUUGAUGAAGACCAUCCCCUUCAGGAAGUUUUAGAAGCUAGCAUUGUGGGUCGUAAUAGCAAACUGGCUCUACGUGAUAAUCUUUGCAGCACAAUACAAUGGGAUGCUUUCAGUUUACCAGAAUUGAAUAAUUUCAUUACUAUUCUUGGCAGAGAGGAGAGUUUAUAUGCUGACAAACUCAGAGAAUGUUUUCUAAUUUGGAAGAAAAAUCUUCAUGAUGAACUGAUUGACAAACGAGGUGCAGAUCCUCACAGAAGCACUUCAGAGCCAUCUAAUCUUACUGAUUCUACAAUAAGUAUGCUUGAGAGAAGUACCAGCGAUCCAGCUAAGAAUCAUCCAAUACCAACUGCUACACCAGUAAAACUGUAACAUAAUAUCCUUGACAUACAUGCAAUUGCUGGUAUUACAAUUUUUAUGAUGAAGUAGAAUACUAAUGAGACAUCCAAUUCAUCUUUGUAUUGUAGCUUGUAUGAUUUUAUUUACCUAUAAGUCUAAUUUAUUGUGUGUGAAUAAUUAUACAUAAUUAUUGAAAUUUUCAAGUGAUCUUAAAACCACA